ACUGAGGCUUGCAGCAAUCUGCUGACCUCCCAGAGUCCACCAGUUCCUUUCCUGGGGUCUGAGAAAUGCCCCAGGGCAGGGGUUUCGGUCCUGCUGUUUAGAGCUAGGGGUGGCUCUGGCUCUUCUCUCCAGCUUAUAGGAUUCUGGCGGGAGGUUGGAGUGGCCUCUGACCAAAACCUGGUGCUGAAGUCCCCAAAGAGGGUGGAGGGCUUGUUCCUUACCAUGAACGGGAGUAACCUGACUGUGAAGACUGCAUAUAACAACCCUGCUCCAGACUCUGGGAUGCUCUAGGAGGCUGCCGGAGCCCUUCCUGAAGACACACCCCACUCUGGGAAUGUGCCCAACACAGGACUAAGACUGGCAUUUUUCUGAUGAGCACUUUGCUGCCUUUCAGCUCAGGAAGCUGUGAGACAGAAAAAAUAGUGGGCUCAGAAAUAAACGUUUCAGGGAAAUUUGCUUUUCCUGGCCAAAGAGAGAUCCAGGUGCUUGACACGGACUAUGAGGGCUACGCCAUCCUGAGGCUGUCCCUGCUCUGGCAGGGCAGGGAAUUCCACGUGCUCAAGUAUUUCACUCGGAGCCUGGAGGACGAUGACCAUCUGGGAUUCUGGAGGUUCCGAGAGGUGACAGCAGACACUGGCCUCUACCUGGCUCCCCGGCACGGGAGGUGUGCUGAGCUCCUGAAGCAGUCUCGAGGCUGGGACUGUCACCCCAUUUCACAGACAGAGAGACUGAGGCUCGGGGAGCUGAGUGCUCUGCCCAAAGCCAGGCAGCUGGACACCGGCCCUGUUAAGUGGCCCUCACCACUGCCCCAUGGGACCUCUGGGGGACGUGCAGACCCUGAGCCCUGCCCUGUCUGUCACAGGAGCUGAUUUAGAGGGGCUCCUGCCCCAGGCCCGAUGCCGGAGCCCCCGCCUGCCUGG